GUUAGGUUUGACUGGCUUUGACUUGGAAAACAACUUCUGAUUUGAUAGUCAAAAGUCAACGUUUGUCAUAUACGAUGAAUGACACGCAUUCAGACGAAAUUAGGCGCGACACAAUCGAUUCGGCGAACGCUGCCGAUGGUGGUAAUCAAUCAACACGGUCCGAGAUGAAUAUCGAUGUGGAUUGCGAUUCAGUUGCAUUCAAAUUGGAGCCCGAUGUCAAAGAAGAACCAGAGGUAGUUUGCUUGGUGUCUGGUCCAAAUCAACAUCGAAUGCCACAUGUCAAGUUGGAACCAGUCGAUGACACAAGCAUGGAUGAUUUUGAUUCGACUCAUGUCAAACCAGAGCCCAGAGCUGAAAAGGUGGAAAACGCCGAUUGCAAGCCAGAAGAAAGCAAACAAUCACAGCAAAGCGGUGAUGGCUCAGGCAAGAGAAACAUUGACGUCAAACAGGCUAAAAAGCAGAAUCGCGAUGGUCACAAAACACUGGCUGCCAAAUUGAAGUCAAUCGAAGCGACAGGCAGAGCCAGAUCGGUCAUCAUUGCAUCUCACAAGAAGCGAUCAGCUGCAAAAAAAAACAAGAAACAGCACAAGUGCCCGACGUGUGAUCAUGUCGCAUCACGGCCAUGCAAUUUGAAGACGCAUAUGUUGACGCACACUGGCGAGAAGCCGUUCCCGUGCAACAUCUGUGACAAACGAUUCACACAGAAAGCACACCUUCAAUCACAUUUGAAAACACACACCGAUGAAUUCCCGUUCAGCUGUUCAGUUUGCCUGAAGCGAUUUGCUCAGAAUUUUGAAAAAUUGGAGCACGAAGCCACUUGCGAUAGGCGACGCUACGAAUGCCACUUGUGCAAGAAGUUCUCAACUCCAAAUACCGGUGAAUUGAAGAUCCACAUGCGUGUGCAUACCGGCGAUAGACCGUUCCGAUGCAGCCUUUGCUCCAAGAAAUUCACACGAAAGACCAGUCUAAAGAGGCAUUCAAAAUUCCACAUAAAUCCUCGUCCGGUGAAAUUCCAAUGUUUGGUUUGCGCCCGAAACUUCUCUCAAGAGAUGGAAAAGCAGCAACAUGAAUCGAAGUGCCAAAGUCGACGUUACGAAUGUUACUUGUGCAAGAGCUACGUGACAUCUCGUAAAUGUGGUAUGAUGUCACAUAUUAGUGCUCAUCACACCGGUGUCAAACCAUUCCGAUGUGAAGUGUGCAAAAAAUGCUUCGCGCUGAAAUUCAAUCUUAAACGCCAUCUAAAACACAAUCAUAAAUAAUGUAAUACUUGAUCAAACUGAUCAAAGUUAGAAAUCUAUAGUGAAACAACACUUACACCUUCAAUCGAUUUCGAAGCAUACAAUGGAAACAACCAAAUUCGGAUUUAGAUUCAAUUCUGACAAAUAACCUGGAACUAAUUCAUAGUGAAGUUGUUAAAAGUCUUGGAUCCUUAGUGUUGUCCCAGUCAAUGGACGGACCUUUUUUACUUUUCAAUAAAUGAAUGUUAGAAA